GCAACUGCGAUGUUCUUGGCAGAAAUCCCAGAGCUUUGGUUUGGCUGGGUGGAGAGGACCAGCCCCUCUGGCGUCAUCCUGCCAUUCCACAGAAUCUUCACUUUCCAUGUUGUGCCAUGGAAAACUGUAUGUGUUGCAAGGAAACAAGUUGAUCAGCUAUAGGCUGACCUCAAGAAAUGCAGGCCAACAAACUCUCAGAUGAUGUGGAGGGAAAUCCUGACAGGGUGGAUCCCUUCUACCAUCAAGGCAAAGUGGCUUGUGUCAUGUUCACCGUUCUCCUCCUCCUUUCAUUCUUGGUAAUAGGAAUCGUAACGGGUGUCAACUUCAAGAAGAAUUCACAAGAGGAUCAGACCAGAGGUCUUCUUUCUGAUGAUAUUACGCCUAUCCCAUUUCAGAUCAAAGGUGAUAGAGGGCGCUGCUCGGAUGGUUGGGUUUCAUAUAAGAACACCUGUUAUAUGUUAGUGAAUGUUUAUGGGACGUGGGAAUUAUCACAGUCUUUUUGCCACAACCAUGGGGCGCACUUGAUGGUUGUGAACAGCGAGGAGGAGCUGGAGUUCAUUUCAAGAUUUGUCCAGAAGCAGACUGACUACUGGAUAGGCCUCAAGAGAGACAAAAUGGGCAAAUGGUCCUGGGUUAAUGGAGACGAUUAUCAUUCAGCUCCAUGUUUCUGGGAUGAAAAUCAACCUUCUAAUGGUGGUAUGGAGUCCUGCGCCCAUUUAAAAGGAACUGACUCAGUGCAUCGCAAGCUGUUGCAUGAUGCUGACUGUCACAGUGAACACUAUCACAUUUGUGAACACAAACUAGAGAAAGGCAUGUGGUAGGAAACUUUGCCCUUAUGCCAGCUGCAUUAGCCUGUUCUCCUAAAAUCCUGCUAUGGACACACACCUUCUUUUUUUGUAAACUGUACUUGUCUGACUGGUGCAAAUUCAAUGUACUUUUGCUAUUCACAAGGCACGUGUAAAGUGCUGUUAUAUGAACACAUCCAAUUAGGUAAUAUUUUCAGUAUAAUUAGACUUUGUUCAACUCAUUUUUGCUAUUUAAAAUUGUUAUAUUUAAAUAUAUUUUUAAAGUGUAUACUAUAAAGUAUCUGACAAAGACAGGAUUAAAGGGAUAGUUCACCCAAAAAUGAAAAUGUGAUGUUUAUCUGCUUACCCCCAGGGCAUCCAAGAUGUAGGUGACUUUGUUUCUUCAGAAGAACACAAAUUAUGAUUUUUAACUCCAACCGUUGCGGUCUGUCAGUCGUAUAAUGCAUGGCAAUGGGAACACCAUAUAAGAGUCAAAAAAACAUGCACAGACAAAUCCAAAUUAAACCCUGCGGCUCGUGACGACACAUUGAUGUUCUAAGACACGAAACGAUCGGUUUGUGCGAGAAACCGAAUAGUAUUUAUAUAAUUUUUUACCUCAAAUACACCACUAUGUCCAACUGCCUUGACACACGCACGGCAUCCAGUGCGUGAGGUGUGUACGCGCUCUGGUGUAAUUUAAAGGAUUAGUUCACUUUCAAAUAAAAUUUUCCUGAUAAUUUACUCACCCCCAUGU